AUGGGUAAUACAACAUCAGAAGUAGCAUCGGGUGUAAAAGCUCAAAUAAAUUCAGGUGGUCAAGGUCCUGAACUUUAUCGAUUUGUUGAUUUUAAAGGAAGUGGUGAAUUUAUUGAUGUAAUGCGUGUAGCUAAUCGAACAAAAGAUUAUACACAAAUUGAUGCACUUAUUCGUGAACAUAUUCCAAGAUUUCUUUAUAAUGAUGGUGAAGGAAAAUUGGUUACAAUAAGUGAAAUUGUUAAACGACGAAAUAAUACUUAUAGUAAAUUAAAAAGUAUUAUUCCAACUGCUAAAACAUUUGAUGAAGAACAAAUAAAUAAUGAAGAUACAAAACGUGUUUGUUGGGAUCUUGAUUUACGUGGUGGUGUUGGUGAAAAUAUUCUUCAUAUUUGUUUUCUUUCAUCAAGUCCUGUUCAUUCAGCUUUAGCAAAAAGACUUCUAAGAUAUUAUCCAAGAUUAAUUGAUGAUUUAUAUAUGGGUGAUGAAUAUUAUGGUGAAAAUGUUCUUCAUAUUGCUAUUGUAAAUGAAGAACCAGCAACAGUUAAAUUUUUGCUUGAUGCUGGUGUCGAUUUUACACAAAGAUGUUGUGGAAAAUUUUUUUGUCCAGAAGAUCAAAAAUCAAGUCGAGUGGAUAAUGUCACAAAAGAAUGUCCUGAUGUAAGUGUUGCAACAAAUUAUGAAGGUUAUUGUUAUUUUGGUGAAUAUCCACUUUCAUUUGCGGCUGUUUUACAACAAGAAGAAUCAGUAAGAUUAUUAGUUGCUAAAGGUGCUGAUACAAAUUGUCAAGAUUCAAAUGGUAAUACUGCUUUACAUAUGUGUGUUAUUUAUAAUCGAAUUAGUAUGGUAGAUUUACUUUAUGAAUUAGGUGGAUCAUUAGAUAUAAAAAAUCGACAAGGUUUAACACCAUUAACACUUGCAGCUAUUAAAGCACAUAAAGAAAUAUUUGAUCAUAUUUUACAUAAAACUCGUAUUAUCUAUUGGCAAUAUGGAAAUGUAACAUGUGCUGGUUAUCCAUUAGAUGAUAUUGAUACUAUUGGAAAAGAUGGUUCAUUAAAUGAUACAAGUGCAUUAAAUAUUAUUGUUCGUGGAGAAUCUGCUGGUCAUUUAGAUAUGAUGGAUGGUUUAAUUGUACAAUUAUUAAAUGAAAAAUGGCGUACAUUUAUUAAAUUCAAAUUCUUUCAACGUAUGGCUAUGUUUAGUUUUUAUUUUAGUAUAUGUUUAAUUGGUUUAAUUAUUCGUGGUUAUUAUCGUGUACCAUCAUCAUGUAUUUUAAAAGAAAUUAUUGAUAAAGAUGAAAAUACAGUAAAAUCAAUAAUAGCUAAUAGAAUUGAAUGUAAAUGUCAUUAUAUAAAUUUUCUAUGGCCUAAACCAUAUCAUCAUGAUGAAAAUCAAACUAUAAUGAAUAUCAGUUUAGAUAUAAAUUAUAAUGAUAAAAAUAAAAAACAUAAUUUUGAACCAAUGGCUUUACUUUUAAAUAUUUUUGAUGGUUUAAGUAUUAUUGGUGCAUUAAUCUAUAUAAUAUUUACAAUAAAAGAAUUUUCUUAUCAAAAUUUUAAAUUAGAUUCAUUUAUAUAUGUUAAUGAUCCAACAAGAGUAUUAUUUCUUUUUUCUUGUUUAUUAACAUUAGCAAUGUUACCAGCUCGAUUUACUUGUUCAAUUAUUAUUGAUGAUGUUCUUUGUGUAUUUGCAAUACUUACUCGUGCACCUUAUUUUUUCUUUUUUUGUCGUGGUUUUCGUUCAACAGGUCCAUUUGUUAUUAUGAUAUAUACAAUGAUUCGUGGUGAUUUAUUACGUUUUUGUUUAAUAUUUCUUGUUUUUAUGUUUGGUUUUACACAAGCACUACAUGUUUUAUUUGUUCGAAUACAUUGUGAAAAUGAUUUUGCUACUGUUAUUGGAACAUUUUUUCAUAUGUUUUGUGUUACACUUCAACAAGUUACAGAUGCUUAUGAAAAUUUUAAUCGACAUCCAAUUACUGGUAUUCAAAUUAUUGGAAAAAUGUGGUUUGUUACAUAUAUCGUCAUAGCAGCAGUACUUCUUGUUAAUAUGCUUAUUGCUAUGAUGGGUAAUACAUAUGCUAUGGUAAAUGAACGAAAAAAAGAAUGGCUUCGACAAUGGGCUAAAAUAAUGUUAAUUAUUGAACAAUCAGUUUCACAAAAAGAACGUUUAAUACAACAAUCAAAUUAUUCAAAAAAAAUGUCUGAUGGUUCAAGAGUUUUAGUAACAAGACUUAUACAAACAUCUGAUGAACGUACUAGUAUUGAAAGUAUGCGUCCAUAUUAUUAUGAACAAUUACGACGACAUUUAGAACCAGAAUGUAUAUCAUUACAAUCAAAAACAAAAUCUAUUGCUGCUAAUUCACAACAUAGUUCUCUAUUACGUGGAGCUAUCGGAGUUAAAAAUAGACAAGACUUAUUUCGAAAUCAACGAAUACAUGAUAGUUUUAGUUCAUUUGAUACUACUGUACUUAUGUAA